AUGAUGGAUCCAGGAGAGGGCAGUUUGUUUGACAUUCCUGAUUAUGAACACACCCAGGAUGAAAAGUUUCAACCUCUACCUCCCCCAGAGUCCCCAGGGGGAGAUGAUGAAGAAGAGCCAGUGGGGGGGAAAUCGUCGCAAACCAAGGAUUCCUUCAUGGCUACUGGGAAAGGUGUUAGAAAGCCAGUGCCUAAACUAGAUGCUCAAAGAUUAAUUUCAGAGCGAGGACUGCCAGCUCUGCGGCAUAUGUUUGAUGAUGUAAAAUUCAAAGGUAAAGGGCAUGAGGCAGCAGACUUGAAGAUGAUUAUGAGGCGCAUGGAGCACUGGGCUCACAGACUGUACCCCAAACUUCAGUUUGAAGAUUUUGUUGAGAGAGUGGAGUGUUUGGGAAGCAAAAAAGAAGUCCAGACGUGCUUAAAGCGAAUUAGACUUGAUCUGCCCAUUUUGCAUGAAGACUUCACAGGUGAUGGUGGUGAAAGCAACCAACUUAAUACAGCUACUGAAGAACUAGAUGUUUUUUCUGAGGACCAGAAUGCAAGAGAAGAAAUGGUUGCAUCUCAAAGUGCCACUCUAACAGAGGAGCAGCGACAGAGAAUUGAAAGGAACAAACGGAUAGCGCUUGAAAGAAGACAAGCAAAACUGCAGCUUAAGAGUCAAUCACAAGAAAAUGAGCUGUUUGCGACCCAGCCAAAUGAAGAAUGUGAUGGCAUGCCCUCUCAGGAACGAGAUGACCUGACUGUAGUAGAAACAGAAGGCUUACCUUUUGAAGCUACUGACUGA